AUGAGUGUUUCAGAGUUUUCGCAUAAGGAACAGCCAACCACUUUGGUUUUGUUUGAUGUUGAUGGUACUUUGACUCCAGCCAGAUUGACCGUCUCAGACGAGGUUAGAGACAUCUUGAAGAGAUUGAGAGAAAAAGUUGUUAUUGGUUUCGUUGGUGGUAGUGAUUUAUCCAAACAGUUGGAACAGUUGGGAUCUGAUGUUUUGGAUCAAUUCGACUAUGCCUUCUCUGAAAACGGGUUGACCGCUUACAGAUUGGGUAAGGAACUAGCUUCUCAAUCCUUUAUCGAAUGGAUCGGUGAGGAAGAAUACAACAAGUUGGCCAAAUUCAUCUUGCAAUACUUGGCUUCCAUCGAUUUGCCAAAGAGAAGAGGUACUUUCUUGGAAUUCAGAAACGGUAUGAUUAACGUUUCACCAAUUGGUAGAAACGCUUCUACUGCUGAAAGAAACGAAUUUGAACAAUUUGAUAAGGAACACCAAGUCAGAGCUAAGUUCGUCGAAGCUCUAAAGAAGGAAUUCGCUCAUUUGUCCUUGACCUUCUCAAUCGGUGGUCAAAUUUCAUUUGACGUUUUCCCAACCGGUUGGGAUAAGACUUACUGUUUGAGACACGUCGAAGCCGACGGUUUCAAAGAAAUCCACUUCUUCGGUGACAAGACUUACAAGGGUGGUAACGACUAUGAAAUCUACGUCGACGACAGAACUAUCGGUCACUCUGUAGAAUCUCCUGCUGACACUGUCAGAAUCUUAAAGGAAUUGUUUGAUCUAUGA